AUGAAAGAUGUUAAAGACCAAUUUUAAUAAAAAAUAUUGAAUGGGAUUUACAAAGCGAUUAAGAUAAUUACAUAAAAAUUUAUUGUGCAGAAUCCUGUUAAAUUGAUGAACAACAAUAGUCUAGCUUAAAUCAAAAUAAGUGAUUUGAUUACAGAAUAGAUUUAUGAAGAAUCAAUAAAAAAACAACAGAAAGGUAAUUAAUAAAAACUGAGUUUGUUAUUAAAAAAUGGAAAUGAUUAAAUCAAAUCUUAUUGGAAAAUGUAAUAAUAUAUUAAAAAAGAGAUAAUAAAAUAAUUACAAAUCUAUAAAUUUCAAAUUCAAUAUAACUUGAAUUUUUUAUUUAAAUUUUAUUUAAUUAUAUUGAUAUAAGGAAUUAUAACUCCUGAAUUAGAAGGCCAUUUAUUUAAGUUAUUACCUCAUUGA